CUGCGCUUGGCUCAGAAAUCUUGCCAGAAUCCAACUCAAAAGUCACUGCAACAUUGAAAAAUGAAGAGUCAAGCAAACGAGUUAAACGAAAGAGUAAAACGGCGAAAAAUCUCGGUCGCUUGUGAUGAGUGUCGAGGUAGAAAGGUAAGAUGUGACGGGGUACAGCCCGUUUGUGGACCUUGCAGCAGGAGACCGGAACGGGGAAGUCAGUGUGUCUAUACCGGUGAACUGGAGAAGAAACGAGCAACACAAACAUAUAUCUCCAGCCUAGAAGAUCGCAUCAAGCAGCUGGAGAGCCCUCAACAUUCUGAAAGGGCAUUUGGGUCAAGUCAGACACUCCACACAGGCUUAUCAUCUCUUUCGCCAACGACUACCCACUCUGGGACACCUAAUGAAUCUUCAUGGUCAACACAAUACCAAGAUCGAUUCGGUCAUCGCUCUCGAGGCAAUGCAACUAAAGCAACCCCGGGACAAAAUAAUGACGGCGAAAGCAUGAGAGAUGGAGUCAACGCGAUGAUGGGUGCGGUGGAAGAAGGGCGUGCCAGUCAAGGCUUUUUCGGGACGUCCAGUGCCGCUGGCUUCAUGCGUCAAAUCAAGACUGCAGUCGACCGAAGAGUAUCCUCCCCAGACAGACGAUCUUCGGCCCCCGAAAUUGCUCUUCAUUCUAGCCUCUUGACGGGGCAACGCAGCGAACGAACUCUCUCGGCAGCACCAGAUUACGUUCUUCCCCCUCGAAGAAUUGCCGAUAGAUUGAUGGAGGUAUACUGGGACUAUGUCUUCCCCCUUUAUCCAUUCGUGGAUAGUGCCCACAUGAAAAUGGAAUACACCAGAGUAUGGCAGGGGGACCCAUUGCAUUAUGACGAGAACAUGGUGAUGUGCACAUUCAACGUGAUCUUUGCAUUGGCUAGUAAAUUGGCCGAUUUUAUCGCUCCAGAGGAACGCGAGACAUCCGCUGACGCAUAUUUCUCGCGCGCAAAGGGGCUCCUGCAAUUCAAUCUUUGGGAUACAGGGUCUGCUGGGCUGAUCCAGUGUCUUCUGCUCAUGGCACAAUACCUACAGAGUACAGAUUAUUCCCAUCAAUGCUGGAUUUGCACAGGACUUUCGAUUCGCAACGCCCAAAGCUUGGGAAUUCAUCUGCCUCAGACGAUUGCCAACCUUCGUACUCCCAGUGAGCGACAAUUGGCUCGGAAAUUGUGGCAUGGCUGUGUACUGAUGGACCGCGUUAUAUCCAUGACUUUUGGGCGACCGGCUAUGAUAUCAAAAUAUUCUAGCGGCGCCGUUCCGCUACCUAUUUCAGUGGAUGAUGAAUUUAUCUCUGCUGCCACUCUUGCCGAGCCGAGCCAGCCUGUAGAACGGCCAUCCAUGAUGGUCUUCUACGCAAAAACUCUGGAAUUGUACGAGAUUAUGAAUGACGUCCUUCUCAGUUUGUAUAAACCUGUUGCCGACGAAAUCACGGAUGAUAUCCACGAUUUCUAUUUUAACAACACCGCGGGGGAAGGAGAGAGAACAAUAUUUGAAUUGGAUCGCUCCCUUACGCGCUGGACCAGAAGUCUUCCAGUGCAUCUGCGUGAAGACUCGUCGGUAAACGCGCAAGAUAAUCCUAUAUUCUUUCGUCAGGGGAUAGUCUUACAUGCAAGGUUUUUGCACGUCCGGAUGCUGCUCUUCCGGCCAACACUUGCAAAGUACUGUGCUGCACGAGAUCAUCUUACACCGCACUCCAUGAUCUCAAUCAAUGAUUCUUUCCCUCGAAGAGUUGCCCUCCAGUGCUCUAUAAUCUGCGUCAAGGUAGCCCAGGAAUCAAUUGAGCUCAUUUAUACACACGUUCCCCCCGACGGCACCGGUGGUCCUCUCCCUGCGUGGUGGUAUAACAUACUAUACAUCUACACCGCGGCGACUGUUUUGAUCGCCGGGCGACUUUCUCCCACCAUCCUCGCCGAAAUUUCAGAACCUUCCAUUACUCGCUCAUGGAACUGCGCACUUGAAAUACUUCGCAAAUAUCAAAGUCACAGCACGUCUGCUAGGCGCUGUGUGGCAGCGCUUGAGAUUCUCUAUGAGCAAGUUGUCUCGGAAGGGCAGCCACCGGCUGACACGGCUCCUGGCCAUGAUCUUGGCUCCAACGUUGGUCAUAACAUGAAUGAAUUGCCUUUCGGAGAAGGAAUUCAUGCAGCUAUGAUGGAUGGAUUUGAGUUUCCAGAUUUCCAAGACAUGUCAUGGUUGAACAGUGUUCCUAGUAAUCUUUUCUAGUGAUGUUAUGAUUAGUGUCCUCCGAGCCGCUGAGUUUCCGACAUAUGAAAAACCUGAGCAGUAACACAGACUUCUUAUGGCACGUCAACCUAUGCGAAAGUAUUAUCACAAUGGGGAAAUAAUCAAAAAAAAAACGCUCUUCUGUUAGGGUAAACAAAGUUGUAACUUCAGCCUGACCCCACGGUCACUCGGUUUAUUAGAAUUUCAAAGCAGGUCUCUAGUGCUUGGCAGAUUGAGUUGUCACAAAUUGAACAGCAAUGAUCGGAAUCAUCGCACAUCCGCCAACA